UCCCUAGGGGGCCGAUUUUACUGCGCACUGGUGAAGGAUCCCGGAAGUCCCGGAAGAAUAGGGGAUUCUGGUCCUGCUUGUGGCAGACAUGUCGAGUUUUUCUAAAGCCACACAGCAAUGGGCCACAUUUGCUCGAGUUUGGUAUCUGUUGGAUGGCAAAAUGCAGCCCCCUGGCAAACUUGCUGCUGUGGCAUCAGUUAAACUUCAAGGAUUGCACAAGCCUAUGUACCACCAGCUGAGUGACUGUGGAGAUCAUGUUGUCAUAAUGAACACAAGACAUAUUGCAUUUUCUGGAAACAAAUGGGAACAAAAGGUAUACUCGUCACAUACUGGCUACCCAGGUGGAUUUAGACAAGUAACAGCUGCCCAACUUCACCGGAAGGAUCCAGUAGCAGUUGUAAAACUAGCUAUUUAUGGCAUGCUACCAAAAAAUCUUCACAGAAGAACUAUGAUGCAGAGAUUACAUCUUUUCCCAGAUGAAGAUAUACCAGAAGAUAUUCUUAAGAAUUUAGUGGAAGAACUUCCUCAGCCACGCAAGGUGCCCAGACGUCUAGAUGAAUAUACACAAGAAGAAAUAGACGCUUUCCCAAGAGUGUGGUCUCCACCUGAAAAUUAUCGGCUGUAGGAGAAUGAAAAUUGCAUAACACAACAGUGAUGUGCUUGAAACUUCUUCCUGAUGAAUUUCUCCUAACCUGCAAGGCAGAAUGGAAAGAACUACUUACUGCAUUUUGACAAGAAUUUUAUUUUGGAUGCUGAAAAUUCAUGGAAACAUUGGGAAAGAAUAGUCUGUCUGGUGAACUGAAAGUAUCUUAUAGUAUUAUUUUAUUAUGUAAUCUUAUAUGUAUGUUAUAAAUGUUAAUGAGAAUAAAACUGCUUUCUUGGUUA